UUGCCUCAGCACCUCUAACCACACCAACAGCUCCUUAAACACCAUGGCCUUUGCUGGAAGAUGGGAGACUGAAACCCAGGAAGGAUAUGAUGACUUCUGCAAGCUUCUUGGUAUUCCAGAUGACAUCAUCGAAAAGGGUCGUGACUACAAGUUGAUCACGGAGGUAACCCAAGACGGCAAUGACUUCUCAUGGACCCAGGUCUACCCCACAAAUGCCAAGGUUACCAACAAGUUCACUGUUGGCAAAGAGUGUGACAUGGAGACCAUUGGAGGAAAGAAAUUCAAGGCCACCGUGUUUAUGGAGGGAGGCAAGUUAAGUGUGACUUUCCCCAACUACCACCACACCUCUGAAGUCUGUGGAGCAAAACUCAUUGAGACCUCCAAGGCUGGAGCUGUUGUUUUGAAAAGAACCAGCAAAAAGCUCUAAGUGCUGACUGAUCACCAACCUCUCCAGCAGUUACAAAAGAAACCUCAGAAGAGCAGAAACCAUC